CCAAAGCCAGCUUUGAAACCUUCGUUCGCUUUGCAUUCUUUCAAACUCACAGGCUGUGCCUCUUUUUUUACGCACUUUUAAUCACCAAGCCAAGUCUUAAGGAAUACACCCGAGCCCGCUUCAACCUAUUCAAAUCCCAGUUAUCAAACUAGAACAAAACACCGUCAAGAUGCAUUCGCGAUUCCAGACCAUCCGAUCUCGAUUCACCCCUAACGGGAUUCGCACAUCUUUCCGCCGCUCAUCUACGGCAUCCACUAGCUCAACAAGCUCAUACCAGUCAUACAGCUCGAGCUCUUCAUCGCCUGUGAGCACGAUCAAUGCUGUGUUAUUUAGACAGCCGUCGAUUGCCGACCUAGAAGAAGAGAAGCGCAGCUCUGGGCCCGAGUUGAACAUGCUCGAGCCCAGACCCAUCGUCUACUGGGGCGGCGUUGAAGAGCGAAUGGGAUCCUUACACUUCUAAACAUGAGCUUCAAACAGCUGCCUCCACGCGGAGGGAACAGUAUUCAAGCUUGUUUCUUUCAAACAAACUUUUACUAUAGAC